GCAAAUUGCAUGCUCACACACACUCACAACCUCACUUCACUCUCUCGUCUCAAUUCAAUUCAACUCAAACUCAACUCAAAGCAACAAACAAAACAACCACUAACUAACACCACACAACACGCAGAACAACACAGCACCGUCAAAUUCUGAAUCCAGCAACACAAUGCGUUCUCGAUCUCGUUAUGGAUUUUCGAUUGCCCAAAAUGCCCUCACGCUGCUUUAUUUAUUUUGCCUCCUCACCAACCCACCAGCGUCGACGGCUCUUAACUUCACCGCGCUGCUCUCCACCGUGCCGGACCUCUCCCAAUUCACGGCGCUCCUCGCCUCCGCCACGCCUAUAACGGCGGAUCUCUCCGACCGCUCCUCCCUCUCCAUCCUCGCCGUCCCCAACGCUUACCUCGCCGCCGACGACCACCUCGCCCGCCACCACCUCUCCCCCGCCGCCCUCGCUGACGUCCUCCGCUACCACGUCCUCCUCCAGUUCCUCUCCUGGUCCGACCUCCGCGCACUCCCCCCCGCCGGGAAACUCGUCACCACGCUCCUCCAAACAACCGGACGCGCCACCGACAACUUCGGCUCCGUGAACCUCACGCGCGACCCCCAAUCCGGCCUCGUCUCGAUCCGCUCCCCUGCCCCUUAUUCCCCCUCAAACGUCACCGUUCUGUCCCUCGUCAAAACCCUACCCUACAAUGUCACCAUCUUCGCCGUCAAUUCCCUCCUCAUCCCUUACGGCCUUGACCUCAUGGCAUCCGAAACCCGCCCCAACAUCGUCCUCAACAUCACCAAAGCGCUAAUCGACGGCCACAACUUCAACGUCGCCGCCUCAAUGCUCGCGGCCUCCGGCGUAGUUCAGGAAUUUGAGGCUGAUGAGGGUGGCGCUGGAAUCACUCUUUUCGUACCGGUGGAUGAUGCCUUUGCUGAUCUUCCACCCUCUGUGGCCCUUCAGUCUCUACCUGCAGAUAAAAAAGGGGUGGUUCUUAAAUUCCAUGUCCUCCAUUCCUAUUACCCUCUUGGCUCGCUUGAAUCAGUUGUGAACCCCUUCCAACCCACCCUCGCUACUGAGGCCAUGGGUGCUGGUAGUUUCACACUCAACAUUUCGCGUGUGAAUGGCUCUGUUGCCAUCAACACCGGCAUUGUGCAGGCCUCAGUUACGCAGACCGUCUUUGAUCAGAACCCUGUUGCCAUUUUUGGGGUUUCCAAGGUUCUCUUGCCGAGGGAGAUUUUUGGCAGGAACCCAAUUGUCACUGCCAAGCCUCUUGAAGGUGCUCCUCCGCCGGAUGAGGAUGCGCUGUCACCAGAGAAUUCGCCGGGAUUUGGUGGACAGCCCUCCCACCUAUCGUCACCGCCGGGGUUUCGCGAAGAUGUGCGGUCUCAUGGUGGUGGUGGUGGUGGUUCCUUGUCCUUUGCUGUUGUUCUUUGCUGUAUAGUAUUGUAUCUUGUGGUAUAGAAUUAUUGAUUAUUAUUUUUUUGUGGGGUUUCGUUUUAAUUUUCUCCACCUUCUUCUGUACACGGUUAAUUGCAUUAUUAGGUUGCAAAUGCAGCCUUUUUUCAUUUCUUUUUCUUGCUUUUUUGUUAUCUUCAUUUUACGAUUUAUUAUAACAUUUUCGAUUGUGCCAUUGAUCUAAUAAUUAGUGUAAUUAAUUUAGGAGGUCAAUGUUGUUUGUU